AUGGGAGACUGUGAUUUUGGCGGAGGUGGCUGUGACAGUGGCGGAGGUGGCUGUGACAGUGGCGGAGGUGGUGGUGGAGGGAGUUGUGACAGUGGCGGAGGGUUUUCUGAUAGUGGCGGAGGGGUUUUUGAUUUUGGUGGGUGGAGUUCUAGUGGCGGAAGGUUCAGGACAAAGAGAACCAAGACAAGCAGAACCAGUGGAGGGAGCAGAGAACCGUUAACGUUGGACGAUGACCAUCCCAUUACAACCUGUUUAUUUUUUUCUAUCAUAAUUCUAGUAGCUCCUGCUUUUGCUGUAUUUGCCUUCAUAAUAGUCGUUAGUCCGUUCUUUGCUAUCGGGGCCGGCCUGUGUUUGUUCCUGAUUAUUCUACUCUCCUACCUGGUAUGUUACUGUCAAAAACAAGAAACGAUUAAGAAGAACAACCGGCUGAACAAACAAACACAGGACCAGAAUACCCCUUCUGAGACUGACACUACUGGCAAGAUCGCAACCAUUUCAUCCGGGACAACACCACCACUCGGCGGGCAACCACCCCCUCCGGGACAAGACCUCCGAGCGGACAGACAAUCACCCCCUCUGGCACAAGAUCAACCUACGGGAUCACAACCACCCCCCGGGACUGCCAUAUCCACCAACGGGAUCACAACCACCACCUCCGGGACUACCAUAUCCACCAACGGGGUCACAACCACCACCUCCGGGACUGCCAUAUCCACCAACGGGAUUACAGCCACCCCCUUCGGGACUGUCAUAUCCACCAACGGGAUCACAACCACCCCCUCCGGGACUGUCAUAUCCACCAACGGGAUUACAGCCACCCUCUACGGGACUGCCAUAUCCACCAACGGGAUUACAGCCACCCCCUCCGGGACUGCCAUAUCCACCAACGGGAUCACAACCACCCCCUCCGGGAUCCAUCCUACCAACCGGCGUUACUUGUUAUGAUAUGCCUUGAUGUAGAACGGGGAUCCAGCAAAUGGAAUUAUAAAUGAAGCCCCGAAAUUAAUUCUAUGUGCUGUAAAACCAUAAGUUACUUGUUAUUCUAAUUCUUACAGUAUUUUGUCAAGUAUUUGUAGAACAGCCAAUUAGCAACAGUUCAGUUAGCUACAGGUGAGUCACUUGACGUGUCGAAACGACAUUGGCAUCGGUACGUAUAUACAACUUCACAUGUAUUCUAGUAUAUUCAUUUAAAUCUAUUGAUUUUAAUACAUAAACAUAACCAUCAAAAACAAGAAGGCCUAGGUGUAUAUUUGUGCAUUGAUGCUAAAGACUUGCAGUUGAUAAAGAAUUUUGAAAUUUCCUGGUACAUCGUUGGAUAUUCAUUAACAUUUUAUGCAAUUUAUUAUGUAAUGCUUCUUACUUUUUACUUCGCUGUUAUAAUAUCAACUUAAAUUGGUAGGUAAAAAGGAGGAUACAAAAAAUACAAGUUAAUCACAUAUAAAUAUAGAUACAAAUAUCAGAGUGCUGUUGCUUGCUUAUAAGAAGAUUAUUGUACUCACCAUGAUAUUGAAUCAGAACAUAAGAAAUCAGCAAACGUGUCACUGGCUACUUAAUCUUACAUUAAAGACAUGCUCUAGAUAUCAUAGAUGUUUUAAAUCUUUAAGCAAUAGAACCGGAUCAUAAACUAUAUAAGUCAGUAUGUGAAAAUAUACAAAAUUACA